AUGCCUCUCUGCGUUAAACCCAAAAUUCCGCCAUGCACACUCCCAUCCACUACCCACGUUCAAUUCCGGCGCUGGUCCGCUGCCAGGGGAGCCACCACCACCGCCGUCCCUCAGCCUACAAGGCUCAUCACCAAGAAACCCGCGACGGAGACCCAACCCACGGUUUCAACUGAUUGGGUGGGGCGCCUACCCGACCCGGUCGACAAUGUACUCACCGGCGACCAGACUCGAUUCGCCGCCCGCCCCAUCAGGCUCGGGAAGAGGUGGAUGGAGUACCAAGGUGUUCGGAACUGGGAUGGCUUGCUCGACCCGCUCGACGAUAACUUACGUCACGAGAUUUUACGUUACGGUCGGUUCGUCGACGCGGCCUACAAGGCCUUCGAGUUCGAGCCUUCCUCUCCUUCCUACGCCAAGUGCCGGUUCUCCAAAAACUCGCUGCUGGACCGUUCCGGUCUGCCCCAAACAGGGUACCGGCUGACGAAGAAUCUGCGUAUGACGUCCGGCAUUAAUCUGCCGCGUUGGAUGGAGAAGGCGCCGAGUUGGGUUGCCGCCCAGUCCAGCUGGUUCGGUUACGUGGCGGUGUGUCAAGACGAGGAGGAAAUUGCCAGGUUGGGUCGGCGUGACGUGGUCAUCGCGUAUCGUGGCACGGCCACGUGCUUGGAGUGGCUCGAAAAUCUACGCGCCACCCUUGCUCCACUUCCUGAUACGCAGUGUCCAUUUGAGCCGUCGGGACCAAUGGUGGAAAGCGGGUUCUUAAGCCUUUACACGUCGAGUAGUGCUACGUGUCCUAGUCUGCGUGACAUGGUCAGGGACGAGAUCAGAAGACUGCUCCAAUCGUACGGUGACGAGCCACUCAGCUUGACGAUCACCGGCCACAGCCUGGGUGCGGCGCUCGCCACCCUCACUGCCUAUGACAUCAAAACUGCCUUCCGCCGUGCUCCUCUCGUCACCGUCAUUUCGUUCGGCGGGCCGCGCGUCGGCAACCGGAGCUUCCGGUGCCAGCUGGAAAAGCAAGGGACGAAAGUUUUGCGCAUCGUGAACUCGGACGAUCUGAUCACGAAGGUGCCGGGGUUCGUGAUCGAUGCAGAUGAUGAAGUGGCGGUGUCCGACAGGGACGUCAACAUGGCUCGUUUGGGGUUGCCGAGCUGGAUACAAAAGCUUGUGAAGGACACGCAGUGGAGGUAUGCUGAGGUGGGGAGGGAGCUCCGACUCAGUAGUAGGGACUCUCCUUACCUCAGCAGUAUAAACGUUGCCACGUGUCACGAUCUGAGCACGUAUCUUCACUUGGUAAACGGCUUCGUAAGCUCCCAGUGUCCGUACAGAGCUACUGCAGAGCGCGUCCUGAGUAAAUGA